AUGGGUGCAGAAACGUCAAAAAUGGAUUAUCAUCAUUGUGUACCAUAUAAAGAUAUGGUGAAUAAUUACACAUAUGAAAUUAAUGAUGUCGUACAUAUCAACAAAAAACGAUACAAAAUAGAUGCUUGCUUACAAAAUAAUGAUGAAAUCCGUCUUAAAUUUACUGAAAACUGCCUCAUGCGGAUAAAGUAUGAAGAUAUUUUAAUGUCGAAAUACACAUGUAUUAAUUGUUUUAUUAAUGGGACAAGCGAAUGGCAACUUAUCUUGACAACUUUUCCUGUCAUUAAAAAAAGGCGUUGCCUUGUUCGAAUUUUAUUAAAUUUCAAUUCUGAAGAUACAGUGAAGCAUGCAAAUAAAUUUAUUGCCAAAAAAAUUACAGCGUCAAGAGCACCGCAUCUAACCACCGCUGUGAUAAGGCCACGUCGUCAUAUAUUGGUUAUCGUUAAUCCUUUUAGUGGCCAGAAACGUGGAUUAAAAUUAUGGGAGACACAUGUUGAACCAAUUUUACAAAUUGCCAACAUUAAUUAUGAUAUUGUUAAAACAGUUUAUCGGAAACACGCAAUUAAAAUAGCAAAAAAUCUCAAACUCGAUAAUUACGACGCUGUGGCUGCUAUUAGCGGCGAUGGAUUGAUAUUAGAAGUAAUAUCAGGUUUUCUGAUGCGACGAGACCGUGAGCGAGCACUAAAGAUGCCAUUAGCUCAUAUACCCGGUGGUACAAGUAAUGGACUUGCAGCUAGCAUAUGCUUUCAGUGCAAUGAACCAUUCCCACCACGCGGAAUUUUUUGUACCGAAAUGGCUGUGAUGUUGGCACGGCCACGUUAUCUUCCGUUACGUAUUAAUCAUGUGCAAACCGAACAUGAUGGUAGUAAAGCAAUGUUCAUGUCGCUUACUUGGGGUCUUAUUGCUGAUAUUGAUAUUGGAAGUGAACGUUUCCGUUGGGCAGGUAUGGCGCGACUGCAUAUGGAAGCCUUUCUACGAGUUGCAAAAUUACCGCAAGUUGCUCGCUAUAAAGGCAGGAUUUCGUACUUGCCAGUUCAUGAUGAUGCUUUGCAGUGCUCGGCAAAAUUAUGGAAUGAUCUGGAACGUGAAAAAUAUGCCAAAAGUCAUUUUGAAUACCGGCCCGUUGAGAGUUUCAUGGAUUCUGAAUGCGGCAAAGCAAGUGGUAGCAUCAGUAAUAGCUUCCCGGUUUUUAGAGGCGAUGACCUCGUGCAAGUGCCUGCUCUCUGUGAACCAAUCGGAUCUGACUGGGAUAUGAUCGAAGGUUAUUUCGUUUACGUUUGUUUGACAAGUCUUUCUCAUUUGGGAAGUGAUGUGCCUUACCUUCCGUGUGCACGUUUGGAUGAUGACUUUCUAUAUUUAACAUACGUGGAUUGGAACAAUGUUAAAUCACGAUUUGAAGUUGCCAAAAUGAUGCUUGGAAUAAAUGAUUGCUCACAUUUGACUUAUUCUUUUUUACAGAUAAUUCCAGUCCGAGCUUGCCGUGUAGAGCCAUUGGGCAAUUGUGGAGGUUACAUAGCCAUAGAUGGCGAACCGAUAACAUCUGGCUCAGCAUUUCAAGUGAUACCAACCAGACAUUGUGCAACAGUUAUUGGACGAAAUCAACACGCUGAUACUGUUAAUGACAGAUAG